AUGACGCUACAAUUUUCUUUGGGGGGUGGAUUUGAAAAAAGAGUGAUUGCAUCAAAUCGGGAUGAAUUUUUAGCACGUUCAACUGAAAAUGCAAAAUGGCAUUCAUUUGGAAAAGAAAAAGAAAAAGAAGAAAACAAUGUGAUAUCAGGUUUAGAUUUAAUUGGAGGUGGUACUUGGUUAGGAUAUACCAAAAGAUUAAAUCGAUUUGGAUUUUUAACUAAUCUUUCAAACAUCACUCCACCAAUGCAAAAGAAAUCAAAAUGGAUAAGUAGAGAAGAAUAUCUUCAAGAAAUUAAAGAUAAUAGUGCUUUAGAUCUUAUGGAUGGAUAUAAUUUAGUGAUUGGUGAGAUUCAAAAGAAUGGUGAAGAAGUGAUCAUGGAUUCGUUUUGUAAUCGUCAAACUCAUCAUAAUGAGAUUCAAAUCAAUUCAAAUUUUUAUCAAAAAAGUCGAGUUGAAGAGUACAAGGAGAAUGGAAUAAGUAAUGGCAUUAAAAGUGACGAGGAAGAAAAUGAAUGGAUUAAAGUUAAAUUGGGAAAAGAUUUAUUGACUAAAAGAAUGAUUAAAGAAUCAGAGGAAUCAAAUCAAGAAAAGUUGAUUGAGGAUUUGUUCGAUAUCUUGAGUCAAACGGAUCCAAAUGAUGAAGCUUUACCUAAAAAUAUCUUGAUUCGUCCUCACCAUAGACUCAAUGAACCAUCAGAUAUCCCUAAUCGACAAACUUGGUACGGAACAAAAACUCAAACACUCGUCCUAGUUUCUAGGAACAAAAAGGUCACUUUUAUCGAACGUGACGCGUACGCAAUUAUCGAUUCAAUGGAUCACUUGGGAUUGCCAGUUUGGUUAGGGGACGAUAGAAAAUCUUGGCGAAGAUUCGAGUUUGAUAUAGCAUGA